AUGUCUCUCCUUCCUCAACAACGCGCGCAGGCUCCGGACGGUUCCUCCAAAGAGGAGCUAGCUGAGCAGAAGAAUGCUGCUCAGGUUCAGCUUGCCGCCCAGCCACCACCAGCCAUCACGUUCCCCGACGGCGGGCUCCGUGCAUGGGGCAAUGUCACCGGCUGCUUCCUGCUCGCUUUUACUUCCUUCGGUCAACUCAAUGCGUUCGGCGUCUUCCAGACGUACUACGCCGAGGAGCUCCUUCGGGACUACACGCUCUCUACGAUCAGCUGGAUCGGGAGUGUCCAGCUCGUCAUCACCUACAUGAGUGGCAUCGUCCUCGGUCGCGUCUUCGACAUCUACGGCGCAAGGUCUUCCCUCGUCAUUGGCUGGAUACUGUCCACAUUCUCCCUGAUGAUGACGUCUCUGUCCCGCAAAUACUACCAAGUCAUGCUCGCGCAGGGCAUCGGGCUGGGAAUCGGAAUCGCGCUGCAGUUUUACCCCAUCAUGACCGUACCGACUCACUGGUUCCGCGCCAAACGGUCCGCGGCAAUGGGCAUAGUGGUGUCUGGUGCUAGCUUGAGCGGCAUCAUUUAUCCCAUCAUGCUCUCUCGACUGUUCGACUCUGUCGGCUUUCCUUGGGCUGUCCGCAUCACGGCUUUCAUGAACUUUGGCAUCCAAGCUGUGGCCAUCCCUCUCGUCAAAGAGCGUCUUCCGCACCGCCUCGAUCUUCCGCUCGUUGACUACAGAGCUUUCCGGGAAGGGACGUUUCUUCUGCACAUCAUCGGUGGCUUCUUGGUGCCCUUUGGUCUGUACACGCCGUACUGGUAUAUCGAGCUGUUCGGCUUGUCGAUCGGACUGAGCGCCAACCUGUCCUUCUACAUGAUCGCCAUCAUGAAUGCUGCCGGUUUGAUUGGGCGAGUCGUGACCGGCUACCUGAGCGACAUGUACGGACGAUUCAACGUGACCGUCCCCAUACUGGUCUUGGGCGCUAUCUCGUCUAUGGCGAUUUGGACGACGUCCAGAGGUGCUGCUGAGACCGUCAUAUUCUCGGUGAUAUUCGGGUUCACGUCCGCUGCGUACUCUUCGAUCUCUGCGUCCGCCACUGCUCAAAUCACGCCUGACCCGACUCAGAUCGGUGCACGCAUCGGGAUGUUCAUGUGUGUUUUCCACUUGAAAGCGAGGCAAGACGUGCAUCUCAUGUCUGAUGUGACCAGGACUGCCAUGGCCCCGGGCAUCCUGACCGGUCCGUCUAUCGCAGGCGCUAUCCUACAACGUGACGGCGGAAACUAUCUUGGCCUUGAAAUCUUCGUGGGCGUGAUGUUGCUGGCGGCGGCGGCGGCGGAGCUCGCCGCCCGCUUGUAUGGUGCACCGCAGCUGCUCUGCAAGUUUUGA